CAAGUAUAAAACGGGAGGCGAGGCAUCGAGAAGUUCAGUUGCUUGGAGUCUCGGGAGUGAGAAAGAGAUGCGUCGUUUGCAGUUCCUAGGCUUGUGUCUGGCGGUCGUGGCCUUCGGGGUCCGCGCCGAGAAUGUCGCCGAGGAGGUGGAGGUGGACCAUGUGGAGGUCCUCGAGGAGUUGAGCGACGACGAGAGGAUCAACCUCGGCAAGAUGUUUGGAGAACUUUUCGAGAUCGACGAGAAUGAAGAUGUCCCGCAUACUGCAGAUGCUGUCGAAGGCUCAAACCGAGAGGAUCGCGCUCGUGACGUGGGCACCGAGAAGACCAAGAGCGACCCAAAGGACCUCUCUCGCUUCAACAACUUCAUCGACACCUUCUUUAGACGCCUCAACUCCUACUCCAGAACCCGCUUCGACCCCCUCGGUUUCGCCAUCGCCAAGAAGAGCGGCAGCGGCAAGGCCAAGAACAAGAAGGCCGGAAAGGGAGACAAGGAGAAGAAAGACAAGAAGAAGGGCAAUAAGAAGGGUAAUAAGAAGGCCCAAAAGAAGAGCAGCCGCCACCCGAAGGACCUGAGCCUCGAUGAGGAGGAAGAAGUAGAGAACCGCGAAAAGAGGGAGGUUGAGCUCGUCGCCCUUGAUAUCGCAGAGGAAGAGGUCGCCUUCGAAAAUGAAGAGGAAGAAGAGGACUCCCUGGAACGCACGAAGCGCGACACCAUGGAAGAGCCCGCAGAGGAGGAAGAAGCCGUCGCAAGGAAGGGGAGACCCGCCGGUGGUGCCAAGAAAGGCAACAAGAACAAGAGCGCUAAGAAGAACUCUAAGAGCAAGAAGGGAAAGAAGGGCAAGAAGAAGGGAGGAAAGAAGAAGAGCGGAAAGAAGGGAGGGAACAAGAAGGGCAGGAAGUCCCCCAAGGCCCGCACCACCCGUGCCUUCGUAACCGGCCUGGGCACUCUCGUCCGCAACGGUGAUGUCCUCGUCCGUGACAGCGAGAACAGCAAGCUGAUCAAGGCCGACUUCCUCAUGGGACCCGUCGACCUCAAGGUGUCUAGGAAGUACGGCGACGGAAAGGACGCUGUGGUCCGCAACGCUCGCGCCACCUCGCCUCAGCUGGAGGGAAAGAUCACCAUCAAGCUUUCCCCCAAAGGCAGGGCCAAGGUCUCUGCCUUCACGGUCAAGAAGCCUGCCAUCGUCAAGGUCGACGGCUCUCUGUCAAAGAGUGAGAGGGACAGCUCCAACAAUAACUUCUUGGAGAACUCCAUCGGAAAGUUCGCCCCCUACGCCGCGCAGAAGCUCAAGCUCGCCGGCCGCGCCGUCCUCAAGGAUGCCGAGCCCAAGGGCCAAGAAUAAGCUGCCUUUAAGACUUUAUCCAUGAACAAAAGUAUGAAUGAUACCGAUACAGUCUAGUAUGCUCCAGUUUCGUCGAUAGUAUGUCAUACAUUCACCAUACAUCAGUAUACGAGUAGACGUCUUUGACAUAGAGAUUGUGUCUGAUCUGCUGCGAAAAUCAAAAGAGAAAUCAAAAUUUAGUUGCAUUCAUUUGCUUUAAUUUCCGCAUCAGGCUGAACACCUGGAUGUAUUGACAUUCGAUUCUAAAUUCCCAAAAAUUCUCAUAGCAGUAUUUUGAGAUCAUGGAAAUAACAUUAGUUCAUACUCAAAAUCUAUAGUUCGCACUUUCUCAGGGUUUACACUUUCAAUCAUCUAGGACGCAGUUCGUUCUGUAUUCUGUACUCUGUUUCAACUUUCUUGAUAAUCUUCACUCUCACUGAUAUUGAUGUAGUUUAACUCAAAUGUUAAAAAGGAAAAACAAAAAAAAAUAUAAAACAAACAAGUACAAAAAAAGUAAAAAAAAAGGUCAGGAACUCCUCAAAACGUGCACUUUCUGAGGCGCUUCUGACCGGUUCGACCCUCGGUAUGAACGACCCCCCGCGCAGCCCGAAGACGACUCCCCCGAACGCCCACCGCGGUACCCCCACCUCGGUCCUGCGCCUCCACCGAAAGCAACGCCCGCCCACGUCCCACAGCGAAACUGGGAAGUGGGUGGGCGGUAGCGAAAGGAGCGGAGGCAGCCAGCGAUGACGUGGUAGUAUCGCAGACACGGAUUUUGACGCCACGGUCUGCCAUCAGAAGAAUCACUCGCUUGACACGAUACAGUGACGUGAUAGAACAUUGUCUCUUGCCCCAUAUUGCUCUGCAGCCCACAGUGAGCUUUGGUCUCACUUGUUUUAUUUAUUUAUGUUAACUUAUUCACAUUAUUAAUAAUAAAUAGGCUAAGUUA